UCUUUUCUCGGCUGUCAUUUCCUUCCCCGAUUGAAUCAUAACCGGUAGUGACAACACGGAUUAUUGGUGAUAUCGCAUGUGUUAUAAACAUACUAAACACAUAUUUCACAAGAUGGCUAAACCAAAACUGAUUAUUUUUGAUCUUGAUUACACACUGUGGCCGUUCUGGGUGGACACUCAUGUUGAUCCUCCAUUUAAAAAGAACAGUGAUGGUAAGGUUGAGGAUUGCCGCGGAAAGCAUGUCAAGCACUACAGAGACGUACCAGCAAUUCUACAGAGACUACAUGGGGAGGGGUACAAAUUGGGCAUAGCAUCCAGGACCAGUACUGUUAAUGAGGCAAACGACCUUGUGACCCUGUUUAACUGGGAUCAGUACUUUCAGUAUAGAGAAAUUUACCCAGGAUGCAAAAUAGCUCACUUUAAAAGAUUUCAAGUUGACAGUGGUAUAAAUUUCAAAGAAAUGCUGUUUUUUGAUGACGAGUACAGGAACAUAAAAGAUGUUGGGUCUUUAGAUGUAGUCUGUGUAUUGGCCGAGCAUGGAAUGAAUGAGGAGACUUUGAAAGAAGGGCUGGAAGAAUUCGCUUCCAAGAGAGGAAGUUAACAAUGCCAGCACUGUUAAAGGAAAUGAUGAAUCAUGUGUUCUGUUUUAGUAGUACUUGAUAAACAGGAGUCAUUGACUUAUAUGACAGUGGAAAUACUCUAGGUUUGUUAUGAGAGUGAACAGCAAAGGUCAUUGUCAGGUAAAAUAUAGUUUUGGCUUUGAGAUUAAUAUACCAUAAUUCUAAAAUAAAAUGUUACGCUAUUUCUGUAGUUAUUUCCAUUGUAAGGACAUCAAUAGUAUAAUCAAUCUCGAAAAUAUGAAUAACAUUCCAAAUAGUACACAAUUCACAUCAAAUUCAUUGUAAUAUGGGUGAGUCCUAUUGAAUAUUUAAACAACUACUAAAAAAUAGAUUGGUCUAGAAGAUAUAAAAUGUUUUUUUUUUAACAUUGACCAAGAUACAUACAAAAAAUACAACUAUUUACAGGAAAUUCUGUUUUUGUACCUGUCUGGGUUUAGCUCCCUUCAUCAAUAUUGACUUAGAUUUUAAUUUCUCUCUCAUUAUGUUUGUUAAAUCAGCACUAUUUCUUGGAACAAUUUAAACAAUGAAUAUUUUUUUUUUUAUGUUUCCUUACAUGAAAUGAAAUCAUGGUGAAUAAGUUAUUGGAAGAACAAGUGAGUUACAUUGUACCUUUGAUUUAAGUGAGUUUUUAUCCUAUGCAAUAAAAUUGGAUAGAAAUGUAAAUUAAUUUUUGUAACAAAUGCUUUGAAUAUAUUGUUAACUUGACGAGUCGGUGACACAAUAGCAAGAUCAACAUUUUUUUUUUUUCUUUUUAUGAGAUUUGAUUGGAUGUCUAUAAUGGUAUGGCUUCUAGGCUCUGUCCAUCCUCUGGGCAUAAUUAAGCUGCUUCAAUAACUUUUUAAAUAUUAUACAAAUAUUUGUGCCUGAAUGCUGUUUGGAUUCAUAUGUACUGUGAAAUUGUCUAAUCAAACCUCUGUAUAAUCUAACUUGUGAAAAUUAUCAAAAAAAAUAUGUUUGUUCUGACAUCGUGACUAAUCUGACCAAUAUGUUGUGUCCCACAGUAUGUCAAGAUAGACAGGUUAAUCAAACCAAUAUGUUAUGCCACACAGGGUGUCAGAUUAGACAGGUAAAUCAAACCAGUAUGUUGUGUCCCACAGUAUGUCAAGGUAGACAGGUUAAUCUGACCAAUAUGUUGUGCCACACAGGGUGUCAGAUUAGACAGGUAAAUCGAACCAAUAUGUUGUGUCCCACAGUAUGUCAAGGUAGACAGGUUAAUCAAACCAAAAUGUUGUGCCACACAGGAUGUCAGAUUAGACAGGUAAAUCGAACCAGUAUGUUGUGUCCCACAAGGUGUCAGAUUAGACAGGUUAAUCUGACCAAUAUGUUGUGCCCCCAUAGGAUGUCAGAUUAGUCCGAUUAAUAUCACCAAGUUAAUGUUUCCCACUUGGUGUCAGAUAGGACAGUGCAUUAUAUAACCAAUAUAUUGUGUACCAAAUGAUGUCAGAUUAGACAGAUUUUAGUGUUCUUGUAACAGUUCAUUUCACUCACUGGAACAUUGUUAUCAGACUGACAGGUCAAAUGUAUCACAACAUACUGUACUAUGGGAAUUACUCCAUCACAACAUACUGUACUAUGGGAAUUACUCCAUCACAACAUAAUGUACUAUGGGAAUUACUCCCCAUUGUUUCAGUAUUAAGUUAUUUUCAUACAUAAGAUUUUUUUACCAUAAAAUGUCUAUAUAUAAAUUUGCCUCACUUCCUUCUCCCCUCACAAUCUGAUUACAUUUACAAAUCCUGAUACCCCUUAAUUUUUUUUUUCAAAUUACUUUUAUUUCACCAUUAUAUUGGUAUUGUGGGUGUAUAAUGCUAUACUAUGACAGACAGACAGACAGACAGACUUUCUUUGUUUCCUCCUUGUAGAGAUGUACAUGGAUCAUGCCUUAUCUUGUGCUUACAUCAAAUGUAGAAUAUACCUUGUAUAAGUUUUAAGAUACUGGAACCAUCAAAUCUGUAGAACAACCUGUAAAUGUGUAUAAAGCUAUCAACACUUGUAGAGGAUAUCAACUCCAUCCUGAUGUAUACGUCAGAAACCUAAAAUGUGAUACAUUGUAGAUUUUUAUAUGAUUCAGAGAUAUUUUUUCAGUUAUUAAUGAAAAAAAUUUGAGGUGACUAUUUUUUACAUAAAGCAUCAGUCGACAUGUCAUUUAAAGAGUGGAUUAUGUUAGGUCAAAGGUCACCUGGAGGUGGUGUUAUAGGUGAACAUGUGAUUUUAUGUCGGAGAUUAUGUGUGUAUCUAGAUAUCUAGUAGGAUAUCUGACAAGAGACAGGAUAUUAUGAUGCAUGGAUAUAUAGUCUUUCUAGUCACAAACAAAAAUGUUUUUUUCUUCGGAUGUCCUGACAGAGUCCCUUUUUCAUUAACUAUUUUAUUAUCUUGACUUGCAGUUUUGAGGGAAAUUGCUUUUUUUUAUAUGAAGUGUCUUUUAACCCUUUCACCCCUAUGUAACUUUAGUAGACUCUACCAUGCAUUGAUCUGGACUAGUCCAUCAUGGUCUACAGUAGUGAAAGGGUUAAGUACCAGUUACAUGUUUGUGUUUAUUUGUGAGAAGUGUCUUAAAUUGAAAGAAAUCCAGAAACAAGGUUAGGUAGACUUUGUUAUGAGACCCUAUUUACUGUUGUUUAGACGGCAGGAGAUCUAGAGCAAUACUGUAUGCUACGUCAAUGUUGUAUAUUAGUAUCAAAAUAUCUUACAAUUGUAGCAUUAUUUGUCAAUAGUUUCAUUUAUACAUAAGGAUACAUGUGACACUUUCUGUCUCUUAAGUAACUAGUUUAACAUCCUGUAUGCAUGAUUCAGACAAAUGGUAUAUUAUUUUAGAUCAGACAAAUUUGUGUUAUGAUAGAGUGGUUGUUUAAUGGAAGAUCACUCGGAAUAAUAUGCGAGAUAUGAUACAUCCUGAAAUUUUAUCCAGUUUCAUUACCUAGCUUUUAUUGUAAUAAAAUAUUAUUCAACUUUGGUCAUUUCACCCUGAUAGAGUUUUAGGCUAUAUUGCAUCUUACUCCCCACCAAUACCUUUAACACAUCGGUAAUUUGUUGUACAAAAUUAUUUUGAUGAAAAAAUAGUGAUUAUUAACAAUGAUUUACAGAUUUAUGUGUAGCAGAUAUUUUUUUGGGGGAAUUGGUUGGUUUAUACCAUAACAACAGGUAAAACUCACUAAUUUUAUUGAAAGGAAUUGCAACGUGUUCAGUUAGUAGCCCUUAACCAUCCUAACACUUUUACAAGAAUAUACUUAAAUGAAUUUAUUUUACAUGUUGUAAUAUAACAAAUUUUAACUUAAUUUGUCUGUACAGUCUAUGCUAUUUGCUUUAUAUAUCUUUGCUUUGUUUUCGUAAAGGUUGAAUGUUGGCUAUCAGUAUUUUAGAUGAUUUAAAAUGUGAUCUUAUAAGAUUUUAAUUUCAUUUCUUGUGAUUUUCGCUGCAACAUAAACAAAAAGUAUGUUGAAAAAUGAAAACUGUUGUUCUGGAGGUAUUCGGCUAAUAAAAUAAAUAUUUAU